AUGUCGGUUCGUCUCUCGUCACUAUCGUCGCCUCUCCCACCUACACUCCUCCAACAUCUGCGCGAUAUCAAUGUGAGAACAGCAGCUGAUUUGAUUCUUACGCCGCCGGAGGCACUCUUGCGUCUCCUCCCGCAUGGUAGCAUGACACUUGGCGAAGUCCUAGACUGCGUCGAAAGCGUGACGCACCAGGUUACAGGGGAGGCAGUAUUAGGGGAUGCGCUUUACGAGGCUGCUCUAUCUCACGAGGCUGAGGGCGAAGAUGUAAAGAGCGGGGUGGAUGGCUUGGAUGCUUUGCUUGGCGGAAGUUUCGGAGGCACGAGUGGUGGAAGAGCCCUUGCGCUACACUUGAUUUUUCGUCAUUUGUGUGAUCAUGCGCGGGCUGUCGCCGUUUGGAUGGACACAACUGGUGACUUAUCUGCGGACCGUAUAAAACACACUCUCCUUGCAUAUGCGGGGCCAGCAACGAGCACGGUCCUUGAACGUCUACACAUAUCACUCGCUUUCGACCUCCCGAGCGCUUACGAUGUAUUGGAGAGCAUACGCUCUGUGUUCAUGUCCCCCGCCCCAUCUGACACCACGCCUCGUAUCUUGGUCAUUGAUACGAUCACACCACUACUUGGGCCACAUCUGAGUGCGGUAUCAUCGCAAGGUCAUGCAGCCAUGGUUACAUUCAUGCGAACUCUCCGCAUACUUGCUCAAACUCAUCUCCUGUGUAUCCUCGUCAUCAACUCUAGCACUAUCGUGAAGUCUUCGAAUCUAGCUUCUAUAUUGACCACAGCAACCAGAAAACCAGCCCUCGGGCCCUCAUUCACGUUCCUCACGGACGCAACUCUUUGGCUUGCACGUCCACCUGCAUCCGAACUCGGGGAUACCUCGCACGAUGCUGCGAAUCAGGGUGAGAUAGAUGAAAAGUCAGCUAGUGAUUUGCGCGUCGCAGAGGUGUUGCGUUCACGGAUUUCAGUGCGUAUAGAAUUCCCCUUGUUCGUAUCUUGCUCUGGGACAAGUAUUCUCAUGCAUCCCAUUCGUGCAGCUAUCGAGAACGUCGUGUGCAUUCCGAAUUCACGACGGAAUCAUCGGACCUGCCUGAUCAUAUCUAGAUUUGACGAUCACAGUCACGGCCAUGUGCUUUUCGGUGUAUGA